CACCAUUGAAGCAUUCCUGCAACUUUGCUCUUGCCUACAGGCCAAGGGCGGUGCCGACACAAUGAGCUCGACAGUCGACAUCACGUCGUCUUUUAUUCAGGGCGCCCCUCCCUCCGAACUCGCCGAUGUGGUCAAAGACAUCAAGGCUCUCACCUCCGACGAUGACCCAAGCCUGAUCGCCAAAUUAAAACCGGCCUUUCAGAAAUACAACGAAGAACAACUGGUGGCUGUCAAGCUGCCCGGCGCGAAUGAUUAUGUCUUGAUAUCUUCGUACAAUAGACUCCCUUCCUCCUCCUCAGGCUCCCAAUACUACGACACCGCAUCCUCUACGUCCUUCGAGUUCGACCAUACCACUUCGAAAGCCAGCUCUCCGCAGUCAUACACACACAACACACAACACUCUUCGCUCGUCCAGUCGAUCCUCAAAUCCCUCACGAGCCACUUUGCGGAACACUACCCGCCGAGUUCCUCCUCGGCGUACACGGCUUGCGCGACGCCGGACGACAGUCAGAUCGCAAUUCUCAUGUCCAGCACGAAAUCCUCGCCCAAGAACUUCCUCAGUGGCCAAUGGCGCAGCGUGUUCCUCUUUGACCCGGUCUCGUCGACAGUGUCAGGGAGCUUGAAAGUCAACGUUCAUUACUACGAGGAUGGAAACGUCGCCCUGACAACGAAAAAGGAGGUCGAGAAUGUCGACAUAGGUGGCAGUGACGGCGCAAGUGUGGUCCGGAAGAUCGCGGCGAUUGAGAAACAGUACCAAGAGGAGGUUAACCGGACGAUUGUGGGGAUGAAUGAAAACAGUUUCAAAGGGCUGAGGAGGCAGUUGCCUGUCACGAGGCAGAAGGUCGAGUGGGAAAGGAUAAGAGGGUAUGCGCUGGGGAGUGAUUUGAGGGGGGAGGCAAAGCGAUGAUCGCUUAUCAGUACCCGAGCUCGCUGUGCGUGCGCCCUGAUCACCACACUAUUCGAGGUGUCCCGGGAAAAAAAGAGAACCUGUCAAUCUCCCAAGGUACACUUCGGUGGCAGUCCGCGGGAAGAGACCAACAUGCUUCAUUGACGCCGCUACGGACGCUUGAGCGUUGGCUGCAGGGCUUUUCAGAAAGCCGACAUGGAUCGAGAAGGGAAAGCCAUGCAAACGGUUACGGAUAUCGUGUCUCAUAUAUCAUGACACCUCCACUUUUCCUCCUGUUUAUGGCAGUCUCUUUCCCUGUCUCGUCGCCUGCGCAACCUGACUUUGCGUCGUGUCCUCGGCAUACCUCCUAUAGGCCUCGACGUACUGCUCUCUCUCACUCAGCGUAUCCUGCACGCUGUCUCUCUCCUGCACUGCCUUCGCCCACUUCCUCCACCUUGCCCAAAUAUUCUCAUCUUCACCUCCCUUUCCUUCGUCUGGAAUCCCGACGCCACCCUUGUACACAUCGAACAAGAACAGCCUGCACAGCCACGGCGCGAGCAUGAUAUCGACCAUGCUGAACUGUUUGCCCAGGAAAAAUGGUCCCUCGGGAUCGGCCUCCUUGAUAAAUGUCUUGAUCCCAUCGAGCAGCUCUUGCCGCGCUUCGUCAAGUGUGUAAGCUUUCUGCUCCGUGUGCUGCAUGAAUUUAUAAAACGCCGGCAGGAUUUUUGAGCUG